ACGGGACUCGAGUGGUUCGGAUGGACGACGAUUUCUUCACGGGUUACAGGAAGACGACUCUGCACCCACAGGAGGUCCUGAUGUCCAUCCAGAUCCCCUACAGCAAGAAGUCUCAGUUCGUCUCCGCUUUCAAACAGUCUCCUCGUCGGGAGGAUGACAUCAGCAUCGUCACGGCGGCAAUGAGCGUCACCUUUGCUCCGGGCACUGCCAUUGUUCAGGACUUGAGGCUGAGCUACGGCGGUAUGGCGGCCACCACGGUGCUGGCGAAGAAGACGGCGCACAGGCUGCUGGGAAGGCGCUGGGGGGAGGAGCUUCUGAAGGAGGCCUGCUCCUCAUUGGCCAAAGAGAUGACCCUCGACCCUUCUGCGCCGGGUGGCAUGGUGACGUACCGGCGGACUUUGGCCCUGAGCCUCUUCUACAAGUUCUACCUGACGACGCUGACCAAUCUCAGACAGCAG